CGGUUGCGUCAAACAGCAUAACAAAAACAUUGGAUUUUUCAUUCGUUUUUUUUUCUCGAUAUCCUACGUGUGCACGAAAUCGAUGCUGUGAAAUCAUCUUAUUUUUGACCCUGAAUCAAGUGUUUAGAAGAAAAAAAUUUUUAUGCCUGUCCUUUCCGCAGGAUAGCUAUGUUUUGCGAUCUUCCUAAGAACAAAGAAAUCCCGGAGAAAAAGGUGAAUAGAUGAGCGAAAAAACAUGAACGGAACCACUCGUAGUAAAUUUGGCCCCCUGAUCGGUGUUUUGCAUGCCGGACAUACAAGCUGCAAGUUUCUCAUUUAUGCGGCAAAAAAUGCGGAGGUUCUGACCUGUCACGAGGAACCACUGGAAACACUGUGUCCCCGAUCGGGCUGGGUUGAACUUGACCCGUUGCAGAUCUGGCAGGCUGCCAGCGAUUGCAUCGAGCGGGCUGUGCAGAAUUUGCUUCUGUUGGAUAUCGAUCCGAGGGACAUCGUGGCGGUGGGUGUUUGCAAUCAGCGCGAGACCAGUCUGCUGUGGCAGAAGCGAGACGGACAGCCCUUAUGUAAUGCCAUUGCCUGGUGCGAUACGAGGACUACCGAGCUAAUCGAUGCAUUGCUGACGCGGGUGAAGGGGAAAAUUAAUUUUCUGAAAACUGUUUGCGGAUUACCGUUUGCCAACUGCUUCAGUGCCCUCAAGGUACGAUGGAUGCUGGACAAUGUGAUAGAAGAAGGGGUGCAUGGAGACGGAGAGGAGCUUCUGUUCGGGACAUUGGAUAGCUGGAUCAUAUGGAAUCUGACGGGUGGGACGAACGGAGGCAUUCACGUUACCGAUGUAACGAACGCCUCGCGCACGAUGCUGAUGAGUUUGGACGGUUUGGAAUGGGAUACCAGGUUGUGCCAUUUUUUCAAAAUUCCGCAAAAUAUUUUGCCCAACAUUAGGAGCUGCUCGGAAAUCUACGGUUACAUCGGUGAAGGGUCACUCAGUGGUGUACCGAUUACGAGCUGCAUUGGUGAUCAACAUGCAGCUUUACUAGGGCAACUUUGUCUGAGUGCAGGUCAGGUUACGUGUAAUUUGGACGACGGUACGUACCUACUGUUCAACACUGCUCAGGAGAUAAUCGAUUCGGACCAUGGUCUUCUGUCUACGGUUGCAUUUAAACUAGGCCCAGAAGCCGAAACAUUUUACGCUUUGGAAGGUGCGAUUCCUCACACAGGAAACACGAUCAACUGGUUGCGCGAGAAUCUGCAACUGCCAACCCAGAACGGUUCUAUGUCCCAAAGUAUCCUCAGUGAUUCAGCGAUGCUAUCGUCGGUGUGCGCAAAAAGUCCGCUCGCAACGUACUGCAGUGAACCGGGUGGUUUCAAGACCAACCACAAUAACUACGAUGUAAUACUGGUUCCGGCCUUCAGCGGAUAUUACACACCAUACUGGCGAUACAAAACCCAAGGUUUACUGUUCGGACUAACUCUACAGACGACGGCAACGCAAAUUAUGCUGUCUGCCUACGAAGCCGCAUGUUUUCAGGUGCGCGAAAUAUUGGAAUCCCUAGCGAAGGACUGUCGGAUGUGGCCAACGCUGACGAAGCUGGUGGCCGGUGGUGAUUUAAGCGAAAAAUCGUUCUUUAUGCAAAUGCUAGCCGACUUGGGUGGAAUCAGCAUCGAACGGCCGCAAAGCUCAACACCGGUCUGCCUCGGGACAAUGCUGGCAGCCGGGCUGGCCGUCGACGUUCUGACACUGGAUGAUUUCCGAGCCAGUUGCAUUCCCCCAAUCGACUAUUAUACACCAACGCUUAGCUCUAGUCAACGAGACAUGAAAUACCGCAAGUGGAAGGUAGCGGUUGAUCGAUGCCUCAACUUUGACUGUGCCUCCGAAACCGAUCUUACCAGGUUCCACCAGGAAGAACACGAUCCGGAGCGUUCGGUUCGAUGCUCGAUUCCGGGAGGGCUCUACAUAGUGUCUUCGUUUGCACUUAUGGUGCUUGCACAAAUACUCCAGCAACGGGGAAACUCUUAGUUCACAACGCCCGGGGCGAUUAUUUUAUUCUAAUUUUAUCUGUAGAGGAUAUUUCUCGCAUAUGUUCUGACCUCAAAUAGAAAAUAUUUGAAUUGCUUUUAAUUGACAGGCGAACCGUUGAAAGUCAAAUGUCUAAUUAAAAUGUUAAACCUUGUUACGCUUUA